GAAGGAGCGGUACAGCCUUAUAUGUUUGAGCCUGAGUCAGACCCAGAGCAAGAAGAGGCUCCCGAACAAGUUUUGCAAUCACGGAUGCAACAAGAUGUGUCUGAAUGGUGUACUUGUCACAACUGUGCUACUAUGCCUACAGAACCAGAAAAUGUAUGCUGCAUGGAAAUACCACAGGUUCAAAGAAGAUUACAACAAGUUGAGAAUCCUCCGGCAUGUAUGGUGGACCACCCUGGCCUUGAACCUGUGUGUCUAAAUGUAUUCUCUCUGCAGAAUGCAUAUAAUAUCUUUAGAGCUGACUAUGGGCCGUUACAUCUACGGGGAAUACAGCAUCGUUACAGAUAUUUGGCCUACAGAAGCUUUGUAAGCUGGGUUUGGGGCUUUCUGGGCCGGAAAAUAAGAGUGGUGAAUCCUUCAUGCGUAGUUCUACGCAUACGACGGGAAUUCCCCGACACUCAGGGAGCAUAUGUAGGAUUCAGACCACCCCUUGAUUGAACCGUGAUACAUAUCUUUCUAUCACUUCUAUCCGGUCUGGCUUUUCAAAUUGGGAUGAGAGAUCAUCAGGGAUGUGGAUCUUCUGCACCUCUGCCUCAUAUGGAACAGGGUCCUCAAAAACUUUCUCAAAAAUGAGGUCCAUCAGUUCACCAACAUAAUCUGUAAAUCCAAAGAAAUGGAAGAUACGGUGACUGCUUACUAUUUGCAAUUUCUAGUAGUCCUUUUGCACAUUUUCGUUCACUAAAAUUUUAUUUUUUGCAUUUACGUGUGUCAAGUUAUAUAUAUAUAUAUAUAUAUUUAUAAUGGAAGAAAUUAUAAUACAGUGUGUAUUAUAUUUGCACGGGUUGUACAAUGUCUCGUCAGAAUUUUUAUUUUUUGUUGUGGUUUGUUUAAUAAAAGUUUGUAAAACUUA